AUGGGCGAACAAACGGACUUUAUGUCCAAAUUCAUCACAGCGCAUCGGGUACCUGAAGACGCUCGAAAACACUUCGCUUCAGUGGAAUGGACCAACGCCUACCUCGUCGAUCCCCUCUACAAGGCCAUUCCCACAUUCUCACGAGUCCUCAAGGAAUCUGGCGAAGACUAUUUCUUUUCUCGAACCAUCAGCUCCCCAUCCACCAUUCCCCACCUAGUGACCCUUCAAUUGAAAGACUACAAGCUCCCGCCAGAGAGUGCAAAAGGACAAUUAAAAGGCAAACAGGAUCCCAAAGAGAUCACACCCGUGCCCGAGCAUCCUGACUGUAUCAUGUUACUCGCAUUGGGUCGGCCAGGUCUCGAUGGUCAUCCGAACGUAAUCCAUGGAGGUAUGGCAUCGGCCAUCCUCGACGAGACCAUGGGCUUGUGUGUCAUGCUGCAUCAUCAACAUAUAUCCGGCCCCCGGGAUUCUCUCUUCACCGUCAACUUGAAUGUCACAUUUCGCCGACCUGUACCCACGCCAGGGGAUGUCUUUGUGAGGACCUGGCUACUGGGCAGAGAGGGUCGCAAGUGGAUGUCGCGUGGCCAGAUAUGCGACAAAGACGGCCAGGUACUGACAGAGGCAGAAGGAACCUGGGUGUUGGCUAAGAGGGAAGGAAAGCUAUAA